AUGAAGUCAUCGUUCUCGACCGUCAGCUCCUAUUCGGACCACAAGUUCGCAGUUAAAGACGCUCCUACGACCAUCCGCGACUCGCUGAGGCUCACCAAUGCGGUGGAAGACCCUGGGUACAUGACUCUAUCCCUAAUAUCCGAGAACAAGGUUGACGACCUUAUGUUCAAUUCUAAGAUGUUCCAGGACCACAUGGUGAACGACUUCAGGCCGAAGUUCAGCCACGCUGACUCCUCCGAGAUAAUGAUCACCCUCAACAACCUCAAGAAUGACAUUCUGUCCACAAAGAACAUCCGCGAGCUGGAGUCUACCGACUUGAGGUCCGAAGUCGCCAAGCAGUUCGCUGCCCGCCGCGCCGAGCUGGUGUCCCACCUGAACGCAUCCCUCCGCCCCCUCAUCGACGAGGUCUUCUCGAUGGAGCAGAGGCUCAAGGCGUUCGACGCGGAGAAUGCAGACUUUGUGGGCAAGACAAAGCAGUAUAAGUCCACGUUCCGCUCUGAGGUCCACUCCAGGAUCCGCGCGGGCCAGUCAAAGCUCGACGCCCUUCGCCACGGGCUCCAGACGGAGAUUAAUUCGCUCGAGGCAAUCAUAGAGAGGGAGUUCGCCCAAGCUGCCAACAGGCUUAACCAGGAGGUCAGCAAUUUCAAGGAGUCCUUCGACGCAUCCGAGAGAAACAUAAAGCUUCAGAAGAAGCACGUCAUCAGUGGCAUGAACGAGAAGAUCAAGUCCUUCGCAGAGAGCGUGGCGAAGUAUCUCCCCAUCCUCAAGAAGAAUUCGGAGGAGCGCCGCUUCAACCAGAUGAUGAUGCAGAAGAAUCUCGCCGAGAUAAUGACUGUCUUAUCCGAUAAUUCCGAGCACUUCGGUGAUUAUUGCUUCAGUGACCUUGUUCCUGACACUCGCAUUUUCGACGCGAUCAUGACGACGAAGGUUGAUUAA